AUGAACGCUAAGGUAGAGAUCCACCUCAUGCGCCGCAUCCACCUGCCAGAUGGCGAGGUCUUCCGCAACUUCAAAGAGCUCUCCCGUGUGGUCCAGGAGAUUGACAAGCAGGCGUGUGGUCGUCGUCGUCGUCGCCCUCGUCCUCCCACGGAGCAUUCAGGGGAGAGAUCUCGCGAAGACGCGGCUUGGACCCCAACGGAGGCAGGAGAGAAGCUAGCCCUUCCCAAGAUGACCAAGAGAAAGAAAAGUCCUCCCGAGCUGCCGCAAGAGGCCUUCAAGAGGCCUCGCAGCGGCCUGCGUGCGCGCUUGGCGGAGGGUCCGCAAGUGUUCUAUGCACUGGGCAAGAGGAGCGGUUGUUUGCAUAAAAAGGAUGAUGAUGAGGCCUGUUCUAAUAGGAGUGUAUCUAUACAAGGAGAGUCACGGGUCAGGGCUUCUAAGACAGCUCCAGCAACAAAGAAGAACCAUCCAUGUAAGCUGUGUUUCUCUGUGUUAAAAGAUAUUUUGCACCUGAAUGAGUUACAAGCAGCACACUUGGAGCACAAAGGCUUCUUCAGUGAGGCAUGUGUGAGAGACUUCUGUUCCAGUGUAAACCCUCACCAGCAACAGAGGGAUGCCAGGGGAAAGAGGUCCUGGAAAGAAGCUAUGGACAAGGCCUCAUUUGUGAACAGGUGCAGCUUCGACUUAUCAGAGGUGCCUUCAAACAGCAGAGUGGUUGGGGAAGAUUCCCAAACUCUCUCAGAGGUUCUCCAGCACCAGGCAACUCAUAACACUGAGGAGCCACACUGGGAAAGCGAGAUUUCACAGGAAUUUCUCAGUGGAAAAAGUCAUCACCAGUGGGGUGAAUGUGAAAACGCUGCCAGCCACAACCUCAAAGUUGUUGAAUGUCAGGAAAAGCAGUAUGAGUGUACAGAUUGUGGGAAGUCCUUCAGUCAGAAUUCCACCCUCAUUCGACAUCAGAGAACUCACACUGGAGAAAAGCCAUAUGAAUGUACAGAUUGUGGGACAUCCUUCAGUCAGAGUUCCAACCUCAUUCAACAUCACAGAGUUCACAUUGGAGAAAAACCUUAUGAGUUUCACACUGGAGAAAAACCUUAUGGGUGUGGUGAAUGUGAGAAGUCCUUUAGGCAAAAUAGUCAGCUCUUUGUCCACAAGAGAGUUCACACUGGAAAAAAACCUUAUGAAUGCUGUGAAUGUGGAAAUUCUUUAGCCAAAAUAGUCAGCUCCUUGUCCACAAGAGAGUUCACACUGGAGAAAAACCUUAUGAAUGCUGUGAAUGUGGAAAUUCUUUAG